UCGUUCGUCUCUUUCUGUCCAACUGUUGCUUUCGUUAUGAUGAAACGAGACAGAUUUCAUAUUUUGUUUUAUGAAUUACCAUUUCUUAUGCAAGUAAAUGUUUCACUAUUGUUUAAUUUAAGUUUAUAAAUUUUAUGGGCAAAAUUUUCAUAUUUUAAUCUUUUGUAAACACAAUAUCCCGGUCACCGUAUUCGCGACCCUUUCUCUGCUUUCACGAAGCUAUUCGGCAAAUUACAAAUGGCGUCUUUGUGAGUUGUCCUUUUCGCACAGGAUUUUCUCAUUUUAUCGUUAUCAAAACAAUAAAUAGUAAUUAACGGACUCGACGAAAUUUUGUGUUUUUUCGUUUUAUAUAAUUUAAAUAGUAUUUCAAAAUAAGUUAAUUUUCUUUUUUCUCAAGUAAAAUGUACAAUGACGGAAAUAGGGCGAGGCGUAAUCUUUAAUACUCAUUUUACUAGAUAAUAACUUAUAUUAUCGUGUUUGUGUCAGUGAAAUUGUGAACAACUUAAAAUGGACAAGAAAAAUAAGAAAAAAACUGUUAUCAAGAGAAAAAGUGAUGAGCCGGUGGAGGGUGAAAAGAAGAGUAAAGUUUUGGUCAAAGCUGAAGAUGAUAAAAAGGUAGAAGUGGAGGUCGUUGAGGUUCCUGUUGAGCAAGGGCAACAGAUAGUACAUACUGGACAGUUAGUAGAAGGCAACUUUGAACAACCAGUCUUUGUCAACAUGAAGGGAGAGCCAGUGCAACUUGGGCCAAAUACAGUUAUACUGUAUGAGCAGAAUGGGAAUCUAUCUAAUUUCUCCUUUGGCGGAAUGUGGACAGUGGAUUCAUCUGGUCGUAUUGUUAUGGCGGAGACGAUUUAUGAUGUAAAGGGAGCGCCAGAAGAGGAAGGGGGUACCUCAUUUGUUCAAAAUGCAGAGGUUAAUAAUACACAUGUGGAAGAAUCAAGCAACACAUUCCAACAGUUUGAGAUGAAUAGCAAUAACCAAGUGGACAACCAUGAUUAUGAAGUUGCCAUUAUUGAAAAUCCAGAUGUGGCUGAACGGUCAGACUCGCAAGUCAUAACAACAGAGUCUCAAUUAAUAGCGACAGGCAGCGGUGCAGUGCGCUGGUUGAAUCAGAAAUAUGACUUUGUUGUUCGGAAACUUCAGCUAAAUUAUGAUGCGGGUGUGAAACUCCUCCAUUCGCAGUCGGGUUGCAUUCAAUGUGUGUACUUCACGACGCCCAAUAUGCAAUUGGCAUUCAAUGCGGUGCCGCAAUUUUUAUGCAUCGAGACAGGAAUCGAAUUCAACACGGCGAUACCAAUGGUCGGUGGGACGGGGAAUCCCAGUAUUCGGCAUAAUGUCACAUUAUUUUUGGCUGAAGAUGGAAAUGGCAAAUCCGUUAUAGUCAGUGGUGGUAUAUCAACAUUGAUUGGUGAAGACUUAACAUGGCUGUUGGAAACUUUCAAGUCCUGCAAUCCCGCCUGGAGACAAGUGAGGUGUGUCGUAUGUGAUCCUACAAAGAACCAACAGUCGGUGCGUGCUGCAUUUCCAUCAUCUCAUGUAUCCUGUUCUGUCUGGCAAGCGUCCAGAGCCCUUGGGAAGCUGGUGUCAGCUUCGGAUGAGAUUCAGCUGGCAGCUGAGGAUGUGGCAGCUAGGUGUAAGAUAUAUGCGCUGGCUUUGCUGCGAGGGGAACACACUCCAGCGCAGCUUCAGGUCUUAAAGCGAGGAAUAAUUGGCACCAAUGCUGGUGAGCUCUUCAACCGACCCGGUGAACCCAUCACCAAAUUGGACGCUUGGCUGGAACAGGAUAACUACACUAAUAUAUUGCAUAAGGGUUUAGAGCGUCUCAUUGGUAAAUUUAGCAGUCUCAUACGGAGCUUCAUGCAGCCAGAUGAUUUUGUAUCUCUCUUCUUUAAUGUCGCUAACCAACUGGAAGAAGAGAGGAGGACGUUCGCGCUUAAUAGGUUGCGGGAUACGGAAACAUUGAAGCAAUCUCCGACGGACACGAUAACUCAAUACGCGUACAAUUUGAUGAGCCAUCAGACGAAGCUCGCCCAAAAGUGUCUGGAUGAGAGGGGUGGCAGACGACACAGUAAUGCCGCCAUUUGCAAAUACGGAACCUCGACCCAGGAGUGUUCCUGUCUCUUCAGCAAGGUCUUCCGGCUGCCCUGCAGACAUAUUCUAAUGCUCACGACUGAACUGAAGGUGAAAACCCAUAUACCGUUCGAACCGCGUUGGACGGUCCAGCAUUGUCUAUUCGGAUGCGAUAGUGCCAGCAACACACCCACCACCACAGCGAGUGGGACAUAUAUGGAACAAGUGGUUGUUGAGAGUGAUUCAACGCGGACGACACAGCAUCAACAAAUACAUCCCGUCAGACAACAGCAAUAUGUGCUAGCCACGCCCGGGCAAGCGGCCACACCAGUCUCACAGGUGAUAUUCUGCGGUGGCGGGGUCAACAACGUGGGCGGAGGCGCUCCGGUGAUCACGUCGGUGCUCCCGGCAGGGGGCGCUGUACUCACGCCACACCACGCUAUACACCAAUGAUGACGUCACAACUAGGAAUGGACGUCACUAAAUGACCUCGAGUCGAGACGCUUCCUUGACUGCACAGAGUGAAAGGGUCUGAUGACGUCGCAAUGUUGGAUGACGUCAUUACCGUAUGCCAAGAGCCUUACUAACGUUAUAGUGUGUUUAUAAGUGACGUCAUAUCGAUAAAUGACGUAACUGACAAUAUGAAUUUAGUUGAUAUUGCGAGGGGUUGCGUAUGUUUGAAUGUUAGUUGGACCGUCUAUUACGGCAUACAUUGUAAAUGUACGUAGACGGUAAAGUAUGUUUACGUCAUAAAAAUGCCUCGACGUAGACGUACACACAUCAAGUACGCUGACGUCAUAUUGGAAAUAAUUGUCGGACUGUAUAUAACUGUUUAUCUACUUAGAUCUGUAGUAAUUUUUAAAUGUAUAAUAUCGUUUUAGUUAAAUUGUGUUCUUGAUUAAAUAAUUUAACCAGGUGAUAAGGUGUAAAUAUUAACUAGAUUAUUAUUUAUAUUAUCUAUUAGUUGUAAGAAAUUGGAAAAGGAAAGGCCUGCAACGCAUUUCCGAUUUAAAAUUAAUUUUAAACUAUGUUUUUUCAUAGACCUUUUUCUGGUUCCAGUGGACACCCUAUACUACCAACAUGUUCCUUGUCAAGAAUAUUUGGAAAUCGUUGGAUUUUUGAAUUUGGAAUUCCAAUUAAAAUUAAAAAAAAAAUGUUUACUUAAUUAUACUUUAAUUUUUAAUUCCGUAGAAUUCUGACAGCUGUCAUUUUUUUGACAUGUCAGAGAUGGCAAACUUUUUUGGCUGCGCACAUUUUUUAAAUUUCAAUACCCGUCUGAACAUGUGAGUUUAUACAUACAUUUUAUUUGUUAGUGAAUAUAUACAUUUUUAUUAGUUCUAUUGCUCCUCAUUAAAAGUAGUUUAUCGGCUA